AUUGAGUUGGCUGCUCCGAAAAAUGAUGUGUGCGAUUUUGGUCGCGCGUUCUCAUUGGUCAAUAGCAAGUUGCAUCACGUAACGUGAACAACAAAUUCAAGUUGACUCCGUGCUCGUCGCGUUCUCUUCUCUUCAAAAACGAAUCGCGUCGAGCAUAAAAUAUCGAGCGUCAUAAUUAUUAAUUCGAGAUUGUUUUAUAAUAUUCAAUUCUAAAUUAGUGUGUGUAAGAAUGUAUAACAUGCUAUAUUUAUAACGCUCGCUAGAAUAUACGGGUGUCUUUGGGAAUCGUCGUGUAAAUUCUGAUAUUUCAUCUCUUUUACAAUCGCCAAAUGGCGUCGCGUCGCGAGAAAUGAAGUUCGUUGCAAGUGUUGAAAAACUUUAUGAUCAUCGCGAGUCUCUCAAGUUGGCAACUAUUGUGAAAACGCCGUUAAGCGGGAGCGUCGUGAAAAUGUCGGAAGUGUCGAAGAAGUAUCGGGCGUAAUUAGUUGCAUUACGCAUUAAUUGAGCUUGUGCGAUCAAAAGGCAAAUAGUCAAUAUGUGAAAAUCGGGAGUGCCGAAUAAAAUGUGUCGUGAUGUGUCUCGAUUCGCCGUUCGUGUAUGAGCCGAUGGCAAUUAGUCUACCGAUAAUCGGCGCGUAUAGAUACGUGUCGGAAGUGACCAAUGAAGCGUCCGACGAUCCGGUCUAUCGUGUUAAUUAGUGAGCGCGACCGUAAUUAGUUAUAAUUUUCCGAUCGAUUCGUAUCCGCGCGAGUGAGUGUUUCAUAGAACUGAGCUGAUACGGGGGAUCGUCUGAGAGUGGAGUUCAUAAAUACGACAACGAUUGAUAUACGGCGGAGAGAGAGAGAGAGAGAGAGAGAGGAGAGCGGAGAGCGGAGAGAAGGACAAGGCAGUGUACUUAGCGUUGAUACAACAAUCGAGAAAGAGAAGUUAGCUGUGCUUACAAGCCAUCUCAACUGGGUGCAUCGUUCAUCCCAUGGUUCAUCCCAAGUGCAUAUAUGUGCGUACGCACGCAUCUCGGUGGAGUGACUUUUAUUAAAUUCACGUGUCUCGCUUACCGGCUCCGCCGCCGCGCAGGAAAUCACCUGUUACGAGCGGAGAGACGACACGGCAAAGAAGAAAAGUGGGAAAUCCAGGUAAUGGCGUGUUGCGUGGCGAGCAUUCUUCCGGCGAACGUUCUUCCGGUUGACGAUACAAACAGCAAUAGUUAGCGGCUGAUUGCUGAUCACGUUAGCAGUUGGGGGAAAACACGCAAACGCCAUCGUAUUGCGUAAAGCCGACGGACAACCGGCUCGGCGAAGAUGUUCGUCUGUAGCAGAGCUAUCAGCCGAUUGCCAACCAGGAUUACGCAAGCAAAUCAUCUCUAUCGACCUGUAAAAUACAUCGGAAUUAUAAAUAUUGGUACUUUGCGCUAUAGUAGCAAAGCGAGCAAUAAAAAUCCACAGAAGCCAUCAGGCACUACUAUCAAGCCAGAAGAAUGUGUGGCCAAGUCUACAUCAAAGCCAGAGAGAGCUGUUCCUCCUUGUGAAGCAGAACGUGAUGCAUCUCGUUCAACAUCAUGUAAAGAAGUGCAUAAAUUAGAUGGAGAACAAAAACAAUCAAGUGAAAAAGGCUCAGGCAAAUUUGGAAAAUAUCAAUUUCGUUAUUGGCACUUACUCGCUGCUUUAAUUGUAACAGGAGUUGCAGCAUAUAAGGUAUCUUCAUCAUCUGGAUUGAAAGGUGAGGAAGCAGUUGAAGAGACGGAUGAAAAAAAGAAAGAAGGAAAACGGCAAAGGAGAUUUAGAGAAAAAGCAAAAGUUCCAGCAGAAUCUAAAUUAAUACCUCAAGAAGUACCUUAUUUACUGAUUGGUGGUGGAACUGCUGCAUUUUCAGCAUUUAGGUCAAUUAAAUCUAGAGAUCCCAAAGCAAAGGUUUUAGUUAUAGCGGAAGAAGGAGAGUUUCCUUACAUGAGACCACCUUUAUCUAAAGAACUUUGGUACAACACAGAUAAAGAAACAACCGCUCAAUUACGUUUUAACCAAUGGAAUGGCACUCAGAGAAGUAUAUUCUACGAACCGCACGAAUUCUAUUCGAGUGUUACUCAUCUUACCGAAUCUGACAAGGGUGGUGUUGCCGUAGCCAUGGGUUGGAAAGUAACGAAAAUUGAUGUUGUAAAUAAAAUUGCGAUUCUUGAAGAUGGUCAUGAAAUAAACUACAACAAAUGUCUUAUUGCAACCGGUACAUCGCCGAAGAAUUUGCCUGUAUUUGAAUCAGUUGAGGAUGAAAUAAAAAAUAAGAUUACAACAUUCAGGACAAAGGACGAUUUUCUCGAUUUAGAACAGAAUGUUUCUGAUCCGAAGUGCAAGAAUAUCGUAAUUGUUGGUGGUGGAUUUCUUGGCUCGGAACUUGCUUGCGCAUUGGCUAGAAGUUCAGAUAAAUCUAAAAAUGUUUCCCAAGUUUAUAAGGAAAAAUUUAUAAUGGCUCAAGUUUUACCGGAAUACUUGAGUGAGUGGACCACGAAAAAGGCCGCAGCAGAAGGUGUUCAUUCUAUACCUAGCUCAGAAAUUGAAGAUUAUAGGUAUAAGAACGGCCGACUGUCUCUUAUUCUUACCGGUGGUCAAACUAUCGAUGCUGAUCAAGUGAUAGUAGCGGUGGGUGUUCAACCAAAUACGAAUUUGGCAUCAUCUUCCCACUUAGAGACGGAUCCUAAAAUAGGAGGAUUUCUUGUUAAUGCCGAAUUAGAAGCACGAAGCAAUCUUUGGGUCGCUGGUGACGCAGCAUGUUUUUAUGAUGUCAAACUUGGUAGAAGAAGAGUCGAACAUCAUGAUCACGCGGUUACCUCUGGAAGAUUAGCAGGCGAAAAUAUGACCGGUGCAGGGAAACCUUAUUUGCAUCAAUCAAUGUUUUGGUCAGACUUGGGACCUGACGUAGGAUAUGAGGCAAUAGGUAUCGUGGAUUCAUCUUUGCCAACUGUUGGAGUCUUUGCAAAAUCAACGGAAGCAACUGUGGUUGAUAAUUCUACUGAAGAACAAAAAACAAAUUCUGAAGAAUCACAAUCUGAGUACAAUCUGAAUGCAAAAUCAGAGUCACAAAUUAUAAAAAAUGAGAACACAAGUUUAGAAGAAAACAAAGAAUCAUGUGAAGAUAAAUCUGUAGAGCAAUCUACAAAACGUGAUGAUUUCGGAAAAGGCGUUAUUUUCUAUCUUCGAGAUGACGUUGUAGUAGGAAUAGUGCUGUGGAAUAUCUUCAACCGGAUGUCGAUUGCUAGACGAGUUCUUACAGCAGAUACAAAGUAUGACGAUUUGAAUGAAGUAGCGAAAUUGUUUACAAUUCACGAUGAUUAAAAGAAUAAGAAUGAAUGACAAUAUUACGAGAUUAUUGUAUCAUAUAUAAAAAGGUGUCCGAUCUUCAUGUUUGAAGUGUUAUCAUUGGAAAACUCACAAAAACGAACUUCAUUGAACUCACAUGUCGCUGAAUUUUGCAGGUAUGCAAAUUACACAAGUAUCACUAUUCGUGCUGUAUAUGUGAAGAUUUCUAAAUACGAUCUGUAAACAUUCUCAUAUACGUACAAAUUAUGUACGUUUAUUAAUGCAUCCUAGAGUGCAUUUAUAGGAAAUAAAAGAACAAUUUUAUUCAUUA